UUCAGUGCUCCAUCAGAAUCUCAAAACAGUAAGCUUGCAUAAAAUGGAGAAAAGAACCUUUGCUUCUCGAGGGAUGGUUGUAACACCACAUCAUUUAGCGACACAGAGUGCUUUGAAGAUUUUAACCGAUGGUGGAACUGCCAUGGAGGCGAUGGUUGCUGCUGCGGCAACAAUUGCCGUUGUAUAUCCACAUAUGAACAGCAUCGGUGGUGAUGGAUUUUGGCUCAUCGUCCCACCGAGUGGCGACUAUGUCGCCAUAGAGGCCUGUGGGGCAGCCGGUAGUUUGGCUACAGACAAAUUCUUUGAAGGCUUCAAUAAAAUUCCGUUUAAAGGACCAAAAUCAGCUGUCACUGUGGCAGGAACUGUAGGCGGAUGGGAAGAAGCUUUGAAGUAUGUAACUGAAUGCGGUUAUCCAAGGCUAUCCUUAUCUAAAUUACUAGCCGAUGCAAUCACGUACGCGGAAGAAGGGUUCCCAGUGUCCUCUUCUCUCAUAGAAGCGCUUGAGAAAUUCGGGUUAGAUGACACCAAUUCUCAAGAAUUUAGAAACAUAUUUUUACCAAAUGGAACAAUACCGACAGAAGGUGAAUUAUUUCGUCAAAAAGAUUUGGCGAAAACGUUGAAAGAUCUCUCACGGAAUGGUUUAAAUAGUUUCUAUCGAGGUGAUUUAGCAACAUUGAUUGCAAAAGAUAUGGCGUCCCUAGGAAUGCCAAUCACAGACACAGAUCUUGCAAAUUACUCAGCCAUUAGGAGGACUCCACUGAGAUUAGAUCACUCGCACGGCGAAAUUAUCAACUUACCGCCACCAACACAAGGUGUACUUUCGUUAUCGAUUCUCGGAAUCUUGGAUAAGUUACAAAUCGAUGGCCGACAUGAAGGUCAAUUUAUUCACGCAACAGUUGAGGCUACGAAGCAAGCUUUUCUAUUACGAGACCAGCAUAUAACCGACCCUCGUUACAUGAACGUUGAUGCCCAAUCACUUUUAUCCAGUCACGCAAUAUCAAAAAUGGCCAGUAAAAUUAGUCUCAAUCAAAUAUCCUCUAAUGGAAAGGGUGAGGGCCCAGGGGAUACGAUUUGGAUGGGUGUGAUGGAUAGUAAGGGAUUUUCCGUUUCAUUUAUACAGAGCACCUAUCAACAUUUUGGGAGUGGAGUUAUUUUGCCUCAAACUGGUAUCUUGUGGCACAAUCGUGGUAUUUCUUUUAGCUUAAAGAGUGAUCACUUAAGAUCUUUGGUACCAGGAAAAAAACCCUUUCAUACAUUGAAUCCAGCUGCCGCUAGAUUGAAUGAUGGCCGUGUUAUGAUCUACGGCACAAGAGGAGGUGAUGGGCAGCCCCAAACACAAGCUGCCAUCUUCCACAGGUAUGUCUUCCAGGGGAUGAAUUUGCAGAAGUCCAUUUCUGAGCCCAGAUGGGUUUACGGGCCAACCACUGGUAGAUACUACAGCGAUUAUUUACAAUUGGAGAGUAGAUUUAGUAACGAAACUAUUGAAUACCUCAAAGAAAGAGGACAUAAAGUUGUUGUCUUGCCACCUUUUUCGGAAGAGGUUGGCCAUGCCGGAGCAUUAGUUAGAUAUCCGAAUGGCAUGCUCGAAGGUGCGUAUGAUCCACGCAGCAACGGAAAUGCAGCUGGGUUUUAAUUUAGUGCUAACACUAUGUGAUAAAAUGACCAGUGAAUCAACCUGUUUAUCGACGGCUAUAUUUUAUUAAUAAAAAACAAGGAAAGAAAAAUAUCCUUAUUAAUAAAUUAUGCUACACAUUACAACUUUCAACAUCUU